AAAAGGAGAGAAGGGGAAGAAGAAGGGCGAGAAUGAAGGGAAGCGCCGGAGGAAAGGGUGCAGGGCAUGAGUGAAAGGAUUUCAGCAGCUGCCAGUGCGUCAAGCAUCCCGGGGAGCUCGUCUGUGAAUGAUUUAUAGAAAAGGGGGCACUCUGAGAUAUGACGAGCUCUCCGACUGGCUGGCAAUAGUACUAUGAUUUGGUAUGUGGCCACUUUGAUAGCAAGUGUGUUCAGCGCCCGAGGAACGGCCGCUCAAGGUGCCCACGGAGUCAGAGAGGAGCCCCAGUUUGUGACUGCCCGUGCUGGGGACACCGUGGUUCUGGGAUGUGACGUGUCCCGCCCGCUCAACGGGCAGCCCUAUGUGGUGGAGUGGUUCAAGUUCGGAGUGCCCAUCCCCUUCUUCAUCAACUUCCGAUUCUACCCUCCCCAUGUGGACCCGGAGUACGCCGGAAGAGCUAGCCUGCAUGGGAAGUCAUCUUUGCGGAUCGAGAGGGUACGUUCGGAUGAUCAGGGCUGGUACGAGUGCAAGGUGUUGAUGUUGGAGCAGCAGUACGACACUUUCCACAACGGCAGCUGGGUGCACCUUACAGUGAAUGCUCCUCCAACCUUCACAGACACGCCGCCGCAGUACGUCGAGGCUAAAGAAGGGGGCAGCAUCACUCUCAGCUGCACGGCGUUCGGCAACCCCAAACCCUCGGUCAGCUGGUUACGUGAGGGGGUGCAGUUACAGGACAGCGCCAAGUACAAGGUGAGCGAUGGCAGUCUGACGGUGUUGUCCAUCAGCCGGCAGGACAGAGGAGCAUACACGUGCAGGGCCUACAGUGUGCAGGGAGAGGCCAUCCAUACCACACGCCUACUCGUCCAAGGACCUCCAUUCAUCGUCUCCCCUCCAGAGAAUAUAACCGUGAACAUAUCCCAGGAUGCAUUCUUCACCUGUCAGGCCGAGGCAUAUCCAGGCAACAUGACGUACACCUGGUUCUGGGAGGAAGAUAACGUCUUCUUCAAGAAUGAUCUGAAGCGCAGAGUGAGUAUCCUGAUAGAUGGCUCCCUCAUCAUUGCCCAGGUGAAGCCUGAGGAUGCUGGGAGGUACACUUGUAGCCCCAGUAAUAGCCUUGGUCGGCCCCCUACCGCAUCAGCAUACCUGACAGUGCAAUACCCUGCCCGUGUGGUGAACAUGCCACCCGUCAUUUACGUGGCCAUCGGACUGCCGGGGUACAUCCGCUGCCCGGUGGAUGCCAACCCACCUGUCACUUCAGUGAAGUGGAAAAAAGACGGCCUGCCUCUCCGAAUAGAGAAGUACCCUGGCUGGAGCCAAAUGGAAGAUGGGAGCAUUCGAGUGGCCGAGGUGACAGAGGACUCUCUUGGCACCUACGCCUGCGUGCCUUACAACGCCCUGGGUACCAUGGGACCGUCCCCUCCCGCCCCUCUGGUGCUAAAGGAUCCCCCUAAGUUUCUGGUGGUUCCAGGCGGAGAGUACAGACAGGAGGCAGGAAGAGAGCUAGUCAUCCCCUGUGAGGCAGAAGGAGACCCAUUCCCCAACAUAACAUGGAGGAAGGUAGGGAAGCCCAGCAGGGGCAAGCACAACGUCCUACCAAGAGGCAGCUUACAGUUCAAAUCUCUCAGCAAGGAGGACCAUGGGGAGUGGGAGUGUGUCGCUUCCAAUGUUGCCACGAGCAUCACUGCCAGCACGCGCCUCCUCGUAAUCGGCACAAGCCCUCACGCCCCCAAAAGCAUCCACGUUUCGGUCUCGACGACCUCGGCCAACGUCUCAUGGGAGCCAGGCUACGAUGGCGGCUUCGAGCAGACAUUCUCAGUCUGGUACGGCCAUGUGGUGAAGAGGGAGCAGCUAGGCUCGCACGACUGGCUCUCCAUGCCUGUACCAAGCGGGCAGCACUGGCUGCUUAUGCAGGGCUUGGAGUCUGAGACGGCCUACCAGUUCAGCGUCCUGGCGCAAAACAAGCUGGGCACAGGCCCCUUCAGCGAGGUCGUCACUGUGAACACUCUAGUAUUUCCUAUAAGUACCCCCGAACCUCUGGUGCUGCUUACCCCACCACGGUGCCUCACAGCCAACCGGACACAACAGGGAGUCCUGCUAACAUGGAUCCCUCCAGCCAAUCACACGUCGCCGAUCGAUCACUACAUCAUGGAGUUCCGCUUCGGCGAGAGGUGGGACGUCCUGGAUGAUGCAAUCCCUGCAGGAGAGACGGAGCUGUUGGCCAGAGAUCUGAUUCAGGAGGUAUGGUAUGAGUUCAGAGUUAUGGCCGUCAUGGAGGACCUCAUCAGUGAGCCCAGUAAUCUAGUUGGAGUCUCCAGUACAGACUUCUUCCCACCGCCAGACGUGGCAGACGAGGGGCUGGCACGGCCGGUGGUGGCUGGCAUCGUGGCCACCAUCUGCUUCCUGGCGGCGGCAAUCCUCUUCAGCACACUGGCAGCCUGCUUCGUCAACAAGCAGCGGCGGCGCAAGCUCAAGAGGCGACGAGAUCCUCCGCUUUCAAUAACACACACCAGAAAAAGUGUGGAGACUCCCCCAUCUUCUGGAAAGAUGAGUCCAGAGAGUGUCCGAUCUAUGGGAGCUCCAUCUGAGUCAUCUGAGGAUGGGUCACGAGCUAGGAAAAGUCCUGCCAAGGAAAAGGAGCUUUCCUUAUACAAGAAGACCAAAAGAGCAAUAAUUAGCAAGAAAUAUAGUGUCUCUAAACAUGAAGCUGAAGCUACUACACCUAUUGAGUUAAUCAGUCGUGGGCCAGAUGGUCGCUUUGUCAUGGAUCCCACUGAUAUGGAAACACCUGUCAAGCCUAGGCGUAUUGAGGGCUUCCCCUUUGUGGAAGAGUCAGACCUUUAUCCAGAAUUUCGACAGUCUGAUGAGGAGAAUGAUGAUCCAGGCCCCAUGCCACCUAUGAUGGCCACUCUAAGACCCCAGCACAUCUCUCCCAUUUCUUCCAGCCAGGAGUCUUACUUGCAACCCCCAGCCUACAGCCCCCGCUUCCAGAGGCCAAUUGAAGGGAUGACCAUCAUGGAGAGCAGUCGACUUCAGGCCAUGGGGCAGAUCCGUGGUGCUCCUCAUUUUCGAGCCUUUUCCCAUGGCCAGUUUUACUUGGGCAGCUAUUUGGGCAGUCCUGGAGAACCUGAGCCUCCACCUCCUUUCUACAUGCCAGACACCAGCCCUCUUAGCUCAGUAAUGUCCUCACCCCCUUACCACCUUGAGGGGCCGUUUGGUCAUCCAACCAUACCAGAGGAAAUCAGUGAAGGAGAGAUUCAGCACUAUGCAGUCUCAGGCUGCUCCCUUCCUUUUACACACACUUCAUCUCGUUCCCCGGAUAUCUGGCAACGGCCUGAUUUCUCCUUUGCCACGUUUGAGGGUCCUCACUUCAUAUUCCCACCCCACCAUCCCUUGCAAUUUCACCGGGAACCUUCUCUUCCACCGCCCCUCAUUCUCCCUCCUAGUGCUCUCCCACCGGCAUCAAUUCACAUACCCUCCUAUCCUGGUAUUCUUCAGCUGGAGGCCCCAAAGAGUCGGCUAGGCAAAUCUCCCAGCAAAGUGAAGCCUCAGGGCCUUCCAGCCAAGCAUUUACCUAUGCAAGAGGCACAGAGUCUAGGGCAGCUAAGACACACAAGCCACGGUAUGGGUGUGCCGGUAUUGCCUUACCCUGACCCAACGUCUCACAUUGUUGGUCCUAGCUCAUUUGGAAGCCUGGAUACCCGUUGGUAUGAGUUAACUCCCAGGCUCAGUCCCAGACAGCCCCGAAGGAUGGAACCCAGCAUGGUGGUACUCCAGCCUUCCCGUCUCUCACCUCUUACUCAAAGCCCCAUUAGCUCUCAUGAAGGUUCUCCAGAGAUUGUAGUGCGUCCCAGGCCCCGUCCUAGCAUUGUUCAGCCUUCCAUUCCUCCUGGGAUGUCUGAAAUUACCCUGCAGCCACCUUCUUCUGUUAGCUUUUCAAAAAGAUCUUCACCUUCUUCUUCCCCUGCUCAAGGCCAGGGAAGCCGAAGGGCAAGUCCUAUUUAUCGCUCUCACAUGGCUUUUGGCACCUCAGCAACAAGCUAUCCAUCUCAAUCUCCAUCACCCCCAAUGGAAAGCAGCAGCAUUUUUGGACAGAUACCAACCCAGAGGAGGAGUGAGGAGGAGAUUCUGCCAUCAGAACCCUCUCCGCCCCAGCUUUCAGCUUCAGGAAAACGUCGAGGUAUACCGAGUGGUCCUGCAGGGUCUGAGAGGAUAGAAGCACUGAGAUACCAACGUGUCAAAAAAGUCAAGAAGGUUGCAGUUAACAAUAACAACUCCAAGGCCAGAAAGAAAAUGGGUGUGUCGACCUCUCAGACCCAGCAGCCCCACGCCUCUCAGGUCCUCCAACCGGAAGAAGCUCUCUACCUCCGCAAGAAGAAGAGGAAGUUAACCAGACAGGACCCGUACGCCCGCUUCUCCGCCCUGCUGUACCGUCGUCCGCUGCAAGAUGACCAGAAAGCCAUUCUGGCCAGUAUGGACACAGUGGACCCAGACCACGCCACUUUCCUGUGAGGCCCCAGAGAGCAGGCCACACUCUUCCCAAAGCCCACUGGUUCUGCACUGAGUUUCCCCACCACCCCAGCUGUGCUUCAUAUCUACACCUCAUCUUUCCACCCAUGCUUUUAAUUUUUUUCCCCCCCUUUAUUUUAUAAUUUUAUUUUUUCGGAUCUCUCUCUUUUCACAAAAUAAUGCCAGUUGUAAGUGUUCCAAGGUUUUGCUCCAAUGCAAGAUUACCUCAGACAGAGAACUAGUCUCACUGGGAUGUUUCUUUCUCUUCCAAAAGAGGCGCGCCAGCGUUUAAAGGCUCAUGCAUGUGGUUUACAGCUCUCGUUCCUCCUCACAUUCCUGCACCUGUUUCAUUCUGCCAAUAGUCUUACUCUGUCUCAGCAGAACCCAGGGUUCUCAAGCGUAGGCCAGAUAUACCUCAGAGUCACCCGAGACUCAUCAGCGCAGCACUGCUGGACAGACAAACAUUCUGUAACCUCCUUACAGUGGGACACGUGGUUGCGUUUCUUUUUUAAAUAUGGUUUCUUAUCAGCCGUCAUUUAUGUUAAACAUUAUUAUGUUUGAAAUAUUUUAAGGCAGACUGACUUACGCUCCUAAUGGUAUUAUAAUUAUACCACAGCAUUAUUGAAGUUUAUUUUCUGACUAAUUAAUUCUCUAUAACAGUAGUACUGGCUUAACUAUUGGACUUAUUCUAAUAUUUUAUCAUUUUAAUAUUAGCAGCGUACAUACAGUAGGGACUUUAAUGAUGUAAUGGUUCCUGAUUAUGUGAUGUAACUCUAAUGGAAUGCACUUUUAUUGUUAAAACAGCUAACUUGAGUGUGGUCCACUUUGUGCCAGGUUACAUCACACCACUCGUUCCGUUGUUGAUUAUUUCCAUAUAACAGCAUGCUCCAUCAGGUUAUAUUCCGGACAUACAGUAAUAUGCUUUAUGUGUAUGCAGUGUGGUCUUUUUUUUCUUCUUCUUUUUUAAAUUUUUUUACUCAUCUGCUCCUCCAUGGUUUGGAAUGAUCAGUAUUUCCAGUAUUUUCGGAGGAAAGUGAAUUUUCUUUUUAAAUCCAUCAUCGCUCAUGAUUUUCCGUUAGCCGAAGAAAUGUGAAGACAACAAUAGCGUUGAAUAUCCCGAAUUCAUACCGAGAAGGGAACAAAACCUUAUCCAGAGGUGUGCACAGGUUACUUUCCACUACAAUCCAAAGCUGCUAUGGUCAUGUGUGUACAUGAUUCUGGGUCGGUGUUUUCUGUAAAUAAGCCUUUUGCAUUGGAGCAAAAUCUUGGUAAGCACUGUGAUGUACCGUCUCAAGUCUUGAUUUUGUGAGCUUCUUGAAAAAAAAAAAAAAAGAAAAGUAAUUACCAUAAUAAAAAUACUACAGUCUGUUAAAUCAAUAAAAUUCGUAAAAGUACAGUGUACUGUGAGAAGAGUAGGAUUUUGUGCCAUAAUUAUACUGUAGUAUUUUGUCCCCAACUUUGACCCAAAUAGACAUACUUAAGCCUAAGUAGGGCUCCUGAAUGCUUGGCUCCAUUUACUUUUCCCCUUUUUUUUUUUGUUGGUUUGUUUAAUUUGUUUCAAAUAGAAACCUACUGCCUUUGUGGGCCAUUUUUGUAGCCUUUCUUUUUUUUUUCUUUCUUUCGAGGUUUAACCUGGCUGCAUGUAAAAGCAGCACCCUAGCUCCUGUCUCUAUCCUCUGGAAAGACAUUAUGGGAAACGCCUACGAGAAGACCAGGCUUUCCCAUGCGGCCAAAGUUUUUUAUUCUAUAUCUAUCAUCCAAGGGUGCUUCUUUUCUACUGGUUAAUAUGUAUUCUCAUUGUCAGGAGAAACAUAUCUGGGCUCAUGUAUGUUCACUUCGGCGGCCAGUCAUUAAAGGUGGAUGUUGCUGGUGGUGGUCAGCAAUGGUGCUCUACCUGUUUCGAAUUAUUUUGUCCCUGCUAAAAAAAAAAAAAAAAGCUCACAAGGGCGUAGGCUGGAUUAUUAGCAUCGUUUCUCGUAAAGGGGACUCCAAAUUGAAGCUAGGUUGUUGUUUAACCUUAGUUUUGCAAAUUGAUUGUGUUGGUUCGCAAUCAAGCCCCUCCCAAAGGCUAAUCAGUACAAUACAGGCAUAUUCAAAAGCCUAUUUUGGGUGCUAUCAAACUUUGGGAGUCUUCAGACUGUAAUCACUUGAAAUCGCUUAAUUUCUCUAGGUUGAUCUUCCAGCAGAUGUGUCUGCUGCUUGUCAUUUUAACACCGCAGUAUUUGACGUUUUAGGAUUUCAACAUCAUCCAAGCGUUGGAUCAAACUUUCAAUGUUUGCUGUGGCAUCUUGACGGUCAAUACUUACUGU